AUGGAGUCACGGAUAUUUGGUGGAAAACCAGUUGACACGAACAGGCAUAAAUAUUUAGUAAAAUUGUCUGUCCACAACAAGGAAACAUCUGGAGUAAGUUGCAGUGGUUCUAUCAUAAGUAGUCGUUGGAUUAUCACAGCUGCUCAUUGCAUUUUCCCAAACAAGCCAAUAAAAACUGACAUCACACAUUUCAGAGAUGGUAAUAGACAAGUUAUUGUUGAAAUUGAAAAAUAUUUCAAGCAUCCUGAUUAUAAUAACACUCGUAAUUAUGUUUUGACAAAUGAUGAAUCCAAAAACGAUGUCGCUUUACUCAAGACAAAAAAAGGAAUAGUCUUCGACGAUUACGUCAAACCGAUAAAACUUAUAGAUCGUACACCUGAAGAUAACAGUUUGGCUACAAUAAUUGGGUACGGCAUGUCAGAAACGAUCGAUUUCAAGCCUAGAGAAGCGAAGGUGCGAUUGUACCGUUGUGGAGAUAAAAAGAAUGUUUUAUGUUCUAAAAGUCCGAUAAGACCUGGACAAGGUGAUUCUGGUGGACCCGUUGUAGUUAGUGGACGUUUAGCUGGAAUAACGGCAAGCGGUUGUGAUCACUGUGAAAGUGCAUAUGUUAAUGUUGUAGAACAUUUAAAAUGGAUUCGCACUACCAUUACCAAUGGUUGA